AAAACCCUCAAACUAAAAUCCCCAAAACAUUUCAUAAUCGAACUAAACCCCAAACCAAACACGACCUCUUUCCCCAUUUUUCUCAAAAUUGAGGUGCAACAAUGCCAACUGUUAGUGUUGGAAAAGACCGUUUAUUUGAAGCCCUAGGUUCUACUUACACUGAUGAUGAAUUUGAUGAAUUGUGCUUUAAGUUUGGUAUUGAGCUUGAUGAUAUAACAACAGAAAAAGCAAUUCAGAGAAAAGAAAAGCAUUUGGAGGAAGAGGGAACGGACGACGAUGGAGAGACCAUAUACAAAAUUGAAGUGCCGGCAAAUAGAUAUGAUUUGCUUUGUCUUGAAGGACUAGCGCAAGCUCUCCGAAUAUUUAGCGGGAUUGACCCAAUCCCAACGUAUAAGGUGGCGGAUAUUGGUAAAGAUUCUAUGCUUGAAGUGUAUGUCAAAACAGAGACAUCCAAGAUUCGCCCAUAUGUUGUAUGUGCUGUCUUAAGAGGUGUAACAUUUGAUGAGGCUAAAUACAAUAGCUUCAUUGAUCUACAAGACAGGCUGCAUCAAAACAUUUGCAGGCGAAGAACCUUGGUUGCAAUUGGUACCCAUGACCUAGAUACAAUUGAAGGACCUUUCACAUAUGAGGCUUUGCCUCCUGCAGAAAUAAAUUUUGUGCCAUUAAAGCAGACCAAAAAGUUCAAAGCUGAUGAGCUGAUGGAAUUUUACAAAUCGGAUUUGAAGCUGAAGAAGUUUCUGCACAUAAUCGAGAAUUCACCAGUGUACCCUGUUAUAUAUGAUUGCAAAAGGACUGUUGUAUCUUUACCCCCCAUUAUUAAUGGUGCACAUUCAGCCAUUUCACUGAAAACAAAGAAUGUGUUUAUAGAAUGUACAGCCACAGAUUUGACGAAGGCCAACAUUGUUCUGAACACAAUGGUAACCAUGUUUUCAGUGUACUGUGAGCGGAAGUUUGAAGUCGAACCGGUUAAAGUAACAUAUCCUGAUGGAAAAUCGUUUGUUUAUCCCGAUCUCUCAAUCUACGACAUGAAUGUGCCUUUGUCCUACAUUACUGGUAUCAUUGGAGUUCAAUUGCCAGAGGAUAAGGUGGCUAGUUUGUUGCAAAAAAUGCAAUUGCGUGCAGAGAAAUCUGUAUCAGAAGAUAAAGAAGUCAAGUUUGUUGUAUCUGUUCCUCCCACAAGAAGUGACGUUCUUCAUCCAUGUGAUGUAGCGGAGGAUGUUGCUAUUGCUUAUGGCUACAAUGAGAUCCCAAAGAGAAAACCUGCAUCUUUGAAGCCUUUACCUCUCAGUCAAUUCAGUGAUCUACUGCGUACGGAGAUUGCAAUGGCUGGUUAUACCGAGGUGUUAACAUUUAUCUUGUGUUCCAAGAAAGAAAUUUCCUCCAUGUUGAACCGUGAAGAGGAUAACUCUGCUGUGAUCAUUGCUGAUUCCCGUACUUCUGAAUUUGAGGUUGUUCGGCCUAGUCUCAUGCCUGGACUAUUGAGAACUGUGGGGCAUAAUAAGGACCAUCCAAAGCCUAUAAAGAUUUUUGAAGUUGGUGAUAUAGUCCUAUUAGAUGGCACAAAUGAUGUUGGUGCAGUAAACCGUCGCCACCUUGCUGCUCUGUAUUGUGGCGCAACCUCAGGAUUUGAGCUAAUUCAUGGUCUAGUCGACAAAAUCAUGGAAGCAAAUGGUACUAAUUUUGUAUCACCUGGAGACAGUGCAGGCUACUACAUAGAAAGAUCAGAGGAGCCUGCAUUUCUUCAGGGAAGACAAGCUAGCAUUAUUUACAGAGGAAAUCGAAUUGGAACAUUUGGCAUUGUGCACCCUAAGGUCCUCAAGGAGUUUGACAUUCCAGAUCCCUGCUCCUUUCUGGAGCUUGACAUGGAGUCUCUCCUAUAGUCAGGUUUCAUGAUACAAUGUACUUUUACGCACUCAUUUCUCGAUUUCACCUCCCUUUUCUCCUGGAAUUAACGCACCUAUAGUUGAUGUUUGCCGGAGCAUCAACUACCAUGCCCUUAUCCUCCUGGGAGAGCUUAUUCGCGUUUGUUCCAUGAAGUACGCUGCUUUUGAUGUCAGCACCUGGAGCUGUUCGAAUGUGGAGAAAAUUCUGACAGUGAUACUUGGUAAUUGAAGAAGACAGAUGAUCCGCGUACAUUUAUUUGAUUACUGUCUGACAGAAACCCUCCCCUCAGGCAAUGUGUUUGACAUCAUCAACAUUGAGAUUAUCAUUAGUUGUUAGCCUGGUUAAUUCACUCUUUUGAGCAAACAUAAGAUGAUUUUUUCAAUGAAGCUGUUCACUUGUGCCCCUCUUA